CGCCUAUUUUAAACUAGCCACGCCCUAACAAAAUGGAUCCUGAUAAGAUUGUAUUGAGUUAUCAUGACAGUCUACUGAGACUCUCUGAUGUCUCCCUCCUCGAUCCACCUCAUUGGCUCAAUGACAGAUUGAUCGGCUUUUACUUCGAGUAUCUUGAGCGUGAUCAUGUCAAGAAUGGUGAAAGGGUUUGUUUCAUAACACCAGAUGUCACUCAGUUCAUCAAACUUUACCGUGGUUCAGAAUUAAAGAUGUUUUUGGAGCCUUUAUCCCUUUGUGAGAAAGAACUUGUGAUACUAGCAGUUAAUGACAAUUCUUCAUCAGAACAUAGUGGGGGCUCCCAUUGGAGUACACUAGUUUUUGACAGAGAAAGUUACUUGUACUUUCAUUAUGAUUCGUCUUCUCCUAGCAACCAUACACCUGCCAGGCAAUGUGCCAGUAGCCUUUCUCCUUUUUUAAGCAGAGGGGAGAAAGAAAUUCCUUUUUUAGAAGAAGCCUCUCCUCACCAGCAUAACUCACAUGACUGUGGAGUGUAUGCUCUUCUCUUUGCAAAGUACUCGAGUCUUUCAAAGUUUAAAAAGAUCGACCCAAUGUCAGUGACAGAAUAUGCUACUCUUGAGAGAGUAAAUAGAUGGAGAUCAGAUACAAAGAAACUUAUAUUUAGUUUAGCAAAUGACUCAACGGCUGAUUAACUUCUAGCUAAUAGUAUUUUUGUUUAUUGGUAUGUGUAGCAAAUUCUUGAGCAUAAACAUUUUAAUCAAA